UCCAAUACUUCACAGCCUGUGUCAUUUUUGGAUUGGGAAACCAGUCAGUUAUGCUUCUGCAGUUCCACCACCACCAUUACCACCGCAACAAUAAAAUUGGUUCUUCCACAUUCAAUGAGAUAGUUUUCACCAAAAGAAGAAGGAAGUCUUUGGUAUUCUUGAAGCCUGUAAAUGCUGUUGAAAAUGAUUCUGAAUUCGAAAUUGAUAGAAAGAAGAAGGCGCAAGAAGCUCUAAAACAGCUUGACAACCAGCUUCAAAGCCUCACCACCACAACUCCACCGCCAAACAUAAGGAGGGUCUCUUCUUCUCGGCCGAGUAACUUGGAUUCCAAGGCCGAUAUAGAUAGAGAUAUGAUGAGAGAACCACCGCCGGAGUAUUCUGAUUCAUUUUUUGGGUACUCUGCGUUUGUUCUCCUAUUUAUCUCCGUUUUCUACAAUAUAUUAUUCCUCACAGUUAUUAAACCAUCUAUUGAUGGACCAGCACCAGCUGCAUAUACUUAUGUUAACACUAAUCAAGCUGUGAAAGAAGCUCCAAUUGAUUCACCACCAAUUGGCAACCCGGAGUGAGAUGAUAUAUAUCGAUUGUUCCGACCAACCUACAAGGGAUAAUUUCACCCCCGUUAUAUAUUGGUGAGAGCCUCUUCUUUGUUGCAAGUUUUGUUCCAACUGUCGUUAGUUAUAUCGCCUCGUAUAAUCUUACUUAGUCUGGGUAACGGUUACAACCAAUAAACAUCAUUUAUGAUUUUUUUGCCAAAAGCAUUCACUUAAGUGUCAGGUGGAAUGCUACAUUUUUUACAUGUAUUAUAUCACCUUCUAAAUUUCGUAUCCAAAUCGACUGAAACAUAGCCAUUUGAAA